AUUAUGGGUAGUCUACCCAAUCUACAUGAACUCGGCAAGGAGCACUUGGUCCAGAGUGCGCAUCCGAAGAUCGGACCGGCCAUCAGCAAUCCUUAUCAGCACAGUGUGGGCCAUUCGAUACUGAGUCAGGAGGAACGGAAUAAAAUACUGCACAGGCAUUCGACGCAUUGUAAAACUAAGAGGAGCACGCAAGAUGGCCGCCGGAAUCAUCAUGGACACGCUCAAGGUCAAGGACAGGGUGGGAAUUAUGAUGAUCUUGUUUUGGAGCACAUGGCAACAUACUCACCGAUCUCCUCCCGCUCAGCCCGCAACUACAACUCCACCCGGCGUCGCGACUCAAUGAACUCCUCAAUCGGCGCCAACAGCGUGCGCCGCCUCAUCGCCGUCGUGCGCCACACCUCCAGCCGCACAGGCCCCGCCUUCUCCCGCCCCGUACUCAUCCGUAACCUAAUCCUAUUCUGCACAACACACAUCCUCAUCACCGCCUCAUUCCUACCAUUUCUCGCUUUACAAGGCGCUGUAACCACAUGGAUCAAACCCAUAGGCUCCUCCCAUCUACCAAUCAACAUCGGCUCCCUACUCCUGGCACUCAUGCACAUCUUCGCUGCGAUUGGCGCAAUCCUCGGCCCGGUGAUCAUUCAGAAACUCGGCACGAAUUGGAUAUUCGUCAUUGGAUACUUUUGUUUCUUCUGUUUCUACGUCAUACAUCUCUACCCGGUUUUGAGUUUACUGAUGUUAGGUUAUGUUGUGAUGGGAGUAUGCCUUGGACCACUUUGCGUUGCACGUGUGACAUUCCUAAUGACCUUGAGCACGAAGUUAAACUACAUUUUUGGUGAAGAGGAUGAAGAUGUUAAGGCUGGACGCAGGACUUGUAUUGUACGACGGGUUGCCAGGAGUUUUCAAGCUGCGCAAGAUGUUGGAUUGAUUUUUGGAUCACUUUUAACUGCUAUAGUUAUAAAUCUCACGCUGAAUUUGAAAUUCGACUGGUUGGUUGUUACGUCCACGUCGAGUGUGAGUUUAACGUCGGCAACCAACUAUACACCUUUCAGUGUGUAUGCGCCGGCGAGUCCCAAUGUAACCUCGAAUUAUUCGUACACGUACAGUCAGUUCCUCGAUGAGUUAUUCGUGCAGGAUGAGUUUGGUGAUCGGAUUUGUGGUGCGCAAACAUGUCCGCCGGAAAGUGGUGUGAUUAGGAGUGGAAGGAGUGUGCUGCCGGAUGUUACGAUGAUGCUGUUGUUGGCUGUGAAUGCCACAAUGGCCGUGAUUGCGAUGAGUAUGGCGUUGUUUUUGAAUAAGAUCAAGCUGUAUAUGUACCAGGAGGGGAAUGAGACCAUGGCGGCGAUGAGGGCCAUUGGGCAGGGGUUUAAGGAUCCGGUGUUGAGGAUUUCGGCGCUGCUGGCGUUUUUUAUUGGUGUGGAACAAGCGUUUAUGUAUACGGAUUUUUCCAAGUUUUACGUCGUCUGCACCCUGGGCCUCCACCGUCUAAAUUUGGUCUUCCUAUCAAUGGGUCUCCUUCAAUCCAUAGCUGCCUGCACCCUAAGUAUGCUCUUACGGACGAUACGGCGCUAUUACGUAAUUUUUGUUGGUUUCGCCUUCCACGCAUGUCUUCUCAUGGUCCAACUCCUCUGGAAGCCAUUGGGCGAUGACCCCGCCCUGUUUUACGUCAUCAGCGCCGCAUGGGGCGUCUGCAACGCCGUUUGGGAGAUGAUGAACUUCACAUUGUUGACAAGCAUCUACACGGACAACUGGGAAGCGCCAUUUGCGCAUUGCAUCACAUUUCGCUUCCUGGGCAUCGCAAUGGCGUUCGCAUUCCAUGGAUACGUCUGCACCUGGUUGAAACUCUACCUAAUGGCGGCGUUAUUGCUAUGCGCAGUGAUCCCGUCCGCCAUUUUGGAGCGUAAGCUGGAGAAUAUGCGGCGUGUGCGUGGCGCCAGCCGCUUAUGACCCAGAUUCAAAGUGUGGUGACCGAUCUGCCCUCUGGUGCGACUCGACUGCAUGCCGAAUGUCAUUCUGAUGACUACAAUCACUUAAAACGAUGUUAAAUGUUAUGUGCACGCCCUGUAUGCAUAUUGGACAAUCAUGUUUUGACGUUUCGACAUUUUAACGUAUGCAACCAGUUGCACGUAUUGACAUAUCUUGUGCCAAACCAGAAAUUGUGUUUUGAUGAAGUUUUUUGAUGAUUACUCGAAAACUAUAAGAGAUAGAGACAUGAUCUUUUCAGGUAUUGAUUAACAAUUAAAUUUUACAACUAAUUGUAUUAACAAAUCACGAUAAAUGUUUUUAUUUAAUAAUUUAUCAACAAAACAAAGUUAAACUAUGAAAAUUUUAGUUUUUUGUUUAUAACUUUUAAACAAAACAAGUUUUCAACUUUAUUUUUUCAUAAAUAUCUUCAUAAUUUAAUAACAAAUCAAUAUCUGAAAAGAAAAUUGUUCUAUCUUGUUUACUUUUCGAGUAAUUCAUAAAAAACUAACAAAAAACAUGUUUCAGACCGUUAAACUUCACUUAACAUACAAACUAAAACCUAAAAACUUUGUAAAACGUUGUAAAACAUUAUAAACUAAGCCCAAACAGCUAAACACAUACGAAAUGCUUUGCUAACCAUGUUACAAACGUACUUUUAAGCGAAAUUUGUGAAUAUAUACCACAUGAGUGAGAUAAAACGUAACUUAGCGAAUGUUUUAGAGAUUUUCAAUGUUUUUAUUGUGAUUUAUUGUAUCAUACGUACAUUUACAACGUGUCUCAUCUGUUUACACAAGCUGCAGACGCUGAAAAACGCGUGCUUUGUGUAAAUAUUGAUCUACACGCGUUUCAAGAAGAAAAAACUGUGAUUUCGUGUAUUCAGGCGUGGUAAUUGUGUAAAAAUGAAGUAUUUUUAAUCGACUAAGAGAAUAUUAACAGAUAAAUCAAUAAAGACAUGUUUCAUUAACAAUAAACAA